CCGAACCGAGUCGAGUCGAGUCGAGUCGUUCCACGCCAUAAAACAGACCUCCCUGGGUGAAUCGUUUGGGAGUCGUUGAGCAAAUAAGAUUAAUCAUGGCAAUGCUGAGAAGUUUUCUGCUUCUUUUCAUCAUCUUCUCCAUGGGGAAUGCAGAAGAUGAUUCAGUCAAAAAAUGCCCCACUGGAUGGACAAAUUUCGGACUCGGAUGGACAAAUUUCAAACUCCAAUGGCGAUGCUUCAAGUACUUCUCUCAGCCGGCUAACUGGAUCACAGCAGAGAGAAAAUGUCAACGUCUUGGUGCAAAUCUCGCAUCUGUACAUAAUAAACUGGAAUAUAAUUUCCUGCUGAGUCUGUUGCCGCCUUCUGCCACAAAGACUUGGGUUGGUGGUCAUGAUGGUGUACAAAACGGACAGUGGUUGUGGAGUGAUGGAACUAUGUUUGACUAUAUCAACUGGUGCCCUGGAGAACCUAACACUUACGAUCCUUCCGAGAUCUGUUUGGAGAUGAACUUUUCCUCUGACCGAUGCUGGAAUGAUGCGACCUGUUCAGACUUCAAGGGCUAUUUUUGUGUUAUGAACCAGUGAGAUCAUAUGCAGUCAUCCUGGUCCACAGUGAUUUGAUUAAACUACAUUUGCUUUUUCUGAUCUUAUCAUCUUAUCUUUACAAAAAUGUUAUUCUGAAAUCAAAUCUCUUCUAAAAUUUAAUCUACUCUCAAUAUCUUGAAACACUCCUCAAAUUAAAAUCAUUAUAUUGUGGAUAAUCAAAUUUAUGUAUAUGGGUCAAUAUCACUGUAGGGUGCCUUUUGGUGUCCAGUACAUAAAUAACUAAUUUGCCAUGAUAAAAAUGACAAUCAAAUGGGUGUGUGAUAAAAGGGUACGUUUUUAUAUUCGUAACAAAAGCAUUACUUGGCUCUUUAGAUACAUUUUCUAGAUAUUUCUUUAGUUUUGUAUAAGAGGAUGUGUGUUAUUUUGCUGUGUCCCAUGCACUGCCCUUUAAAUUUGAAUGAGAGUAAAAUAUAGUCAAAUCAUAACUUUAAAAAAUUUGUUUUCCUAUUAAUUUUUUUUUUUUUUUUUUUUUUUUGAAUAAGCGAUUACUCAAUUUGAGUGAAUUGAUCAUUUGGUAAUAAAAACAAGUUUUUUCAUGUCCCUUGAAUGGUUGUCCACCCUGUCAUACUGGAGAAUCUGUCCCUUUAAGAAAAAGCCAUCCCCUUUAGUGACAUCAGGACAACAGAUUUUUUGUCUCCUCAGUGGCGGGAAUUUCAACGGCUGAAGUGAGAAAGUUGGUGACUUUUGUUGAGAUGAGGAAAUAUGAACUCUUUACUGCCCUAAUACUUCAGAAAUCCCUUUAAAAGGUAUACAUGUGAAUUAAACAUGGCACAAUGGCCUUCAUCAUCACAGUAUGCUAAUGCCUAUCUAGUGCGAGGGAUUCAUCAAUAUGCUGAUUGAGGACUGUUGGCACACUCCAGGCACAGGAUAGUUCUGUGCCUGGAGUCGUUUACACCUCAACACACCUCAUCUGUACCAUUUGCUUCACAUGACAUGUAUGCUUUCAACUACAUGCUAUUUAUCUACUAGUGUUUUCUAACUAACUAUGUCAUGUUUGGUCUCAUCUGACAGCUUAUGAACUGAACUGAAUGGCAGUGUACUUAAAGGAGACAUUAAAGUAUCCUAAUGUACAAUCUAGGUAUUGCUUAAGCAUGCAUUGAGGAGAAUAUGCUAAUGUACUUCUCCCCCUCUUGAUCAUCACCCAUUUGCCAUAUCUUUUGGUUUCCUGUCAGUUGGUUUUGGUGUUGGUAUUCCACUCAUGUAUAACAAUGCUUUGCUCAGGGUAUAAGAAGGAAAGGUAACUGUUGUUCUGGGAGAAAGGCUUUAACCCUGCCACCCCCGCACACCGAUGCGUAACCUCUUAAUACAAGAAAGGCUUUUAAGGCCUCUUCUGCACAGCAGUGCAUUAUUCGUUACAACUAAGUUUUCUAUACAGUAUGUUGUUCCAUUCUGCUGUCUGUAUAUUUAAACAACUUAAUAAAUAACUUU